UUGCCCCGCCCCUCCCCUGGGUCCCGCCACCGCGCUUUCCCGCUCCCGCAGCAGUAGCCGUCUGCGUCGCUGUCGUUGUCGCUGUUGUCGCCUUCGCAGUGUACCACUCGAAAGCCAAAAGCUACCAUGCCCAACAUCGUGCUCUUCAGCGGCAGCUCGCACCAGGACCUGUCCCAGCGCGUCGCCGACCGCCUGGGCCUGGAGCUCGGCAAGGUGGUCACCAAGAAGUUCAGCAACCAGGAGACCAGUGUGGAGAUUGGAGAAAGUGUUAGAGGGGAAGAUGUCUAUAUCAUCCAGAGUGGAUGUGGAGAAAUCAACGACAACCUGAUGGAACUGCUCAUCAUGAUCAAUGCGUGCAAGAUCGCCUCGUCCUCCAGAGUGACUGCGGUGAUCCCGUGCUUCCCGUACGCCCGCCAGGAUAAAAAGGACAAGAGCCGUGCUCCAAUUUCUGCAAAACUCGUGGCCAAUAUGCUGUCAGUGGCCGGGGCUGAUCACAUCAUCACCAUGGACUUGCAUGCCUCUCAGAUACAGGGAUUCUUUGAUAUUCCGGUGGAUAACUUGUAUGCAGAGCCUGCGGUCCUACAGUGGAUUCGGGAGAACAUCAGCGAGUGGAAGAACUGUAUCAUCGUUUCACCGGAUGCGGGCGGAGCCAAAAGGGUGACAUCCAUUGCUGACAGGCUGAAUGUGGAAUUUGCUUUAAUUCACAAAGAGAGGAAGAAGGCAAAUGAAGUGGACCGGAUGGUGCUGGUGGGUGACGUGAAGGGCCGCGUGGCCAUCCUCGUGGAUGACAUGGCCGACACAUGUGGGACCAUCUGCUAUGCUGCUGAUAAGCUGCUCUCAGCUGGAGCCAACAAGGUUUAUGCUAUCCUUACCCAUGGGAUCUUCUCUGGGCCAGCCAUUUCCAGAAUCAAUAAUGCUGCCUUUGAGGCUGUUGUUGUCACAAACACAAUUCCACAAGAAGACAAAAUGAAACACUGCACCAAGAUUCAGGUGAUUGACAUCUCGAUGAUCUUGGCCGAGGCCAUCCGCAGGACACACAAUGGGGAAUCCGUGUCAUACCUGUUCAGCCACGUCCCACUGUGAAAGUGACUGGGAAGUGACAAGUGGUUUCCUCAGGCCUCCCACUUGUUUUUCUCUCUGCUUUUGUAGGGCUAGGACUCAGCAAUGAUAAGAUUAAUGGCUGGCAAAAGCAUCAGACCUUUGUUCACUCUGAGAUUCAUUGUUUCCUCUCUUAAACCCAAGACUAUUUCUAGAUUAUUGGGGGAUGGUGGUGAUUAUUUUUUAUUUUUUAUUUUUUUUAGUGAAAUGUCUUAAAUGUUCCUAUUAUCUUGACUUUUUCUCAUUGGUGAUCUUUUCUUUUUUCUUUUCUUACAUCUCUGAGGUGACAACAUUCUAAUAUAAAAUCCCACUACAGAAAUUCAUACUUUAUAUAUUUCAAGGUUACAAAGGUAACUUCAGAUUAAGCCUUCUGUGCAAACAUAUAACCAUAAUGCCUAUGGACAUUUGAGAAAAACCCAGUAUAACUGUUUACUUUAGAGGGAAUCAUAAAAAAAAUAUGAUACAAUGAAUUUUUUUAAUGAUAGUUGGAUUUCAAUUAAACUAUCCUAGUUAUUGUACUUCAUCUGAACCAAAUUUUAUUUAUCUUAAAAUGGCCACUGAUAUGUUUAUUUUGAGAGAGACAUAACUGUCACUUACUUGAAAUGCCAUAUUCUGAAACUCCAAACUUACAUUCAGCAAUUCUCUGAUUCAUAAACCACUUUGAGAUGGAGCUUCUAAGCUCACUCACACUGGCCCUGUCCUCUGGCCAUCCCAAGUGUGCCUUAUGCCCUGUUGUCUUAUUCUUUCUAUCACUUUUUUUUAGCUAUGGUCUUUACUUUCCAUUGCUUGCAAUGACUUUAUGUUAUAGACUUCCAGCAAAAUAGACUUCCCUAAAUCCUCUCAAAAGUAGUAGGCUAAUCAUUAUUUUUCUUCUGACAGAAAAGAUGAAUUUUUUGAGUGUCACCAAGUGCAUAUUUAAGCAUUAUUUCAUGAGCUUUGAUUUGGUUUUCUUUUAUCUUUUAUAAUAAAAAAUAGUAGGUCUUUGGCAACUGUUUAUCUUAACUGCAGUUGUUACGUGGAAAAUGUGAGUAGGAGAGUCCUAUGAAAAAGUAAGCAAAGAGUUGUUUCAUUAAUAGCUCAAGGUGAUCCUGAAGGGGAAGCUCACUUAGGAUUCUAUUAAGAUGUCCUUUCAGAGCUUUGUCUUCCUAUGUGAAGUGCCUCGCUGCUUGUGGUAAACAUAUGACCAUUUUAUUUUGUGGAAUUUCUAUGAAAUGAAAACAUAGUCGUAAAUGCACAUGUAGAUGGCUUGACACACGAGUGUGAGCUUAGAUACGUUAUGACUAAAGCCAGUUGAUUUAAUCAUUUUCACCAAGAUAUUUAAAGUUUAUAGAGCUACUUCUAAAAUAUAAUCUGAUUUUUAAAAAAUUAUUUUAGUGUUCUCAGAAUUAACUGAUUGUUUCUAUCACUGUUUAGCUCUUCUUUUGUAUUUUAAAGUAGGGCUGAGUGGAAAUGCAGACUUUAACCACUUGAUGCUUUUGGGUCAACAAAGACGAUGAAGACUGCCAGGCCAAUCUUAAUCUUUCUCAUUCCUUGCUGUUCACAGUGUGGAAACGUCAGUGAGAGUACCAGCUAUAUCAGUUUGGCGCAGCUACACUGAAUGGGGGGUUAGCUGGGAUAUAUCUAGUGCAAACGGGGCAGCCAGAAAACCAUGAAUAUACCAAAGUUGCUUAGCCUCCAACUUAAAUUAUCAGUCAACCUAUAGAUGUUUUUAUGAUGGUAACUUUCCUUUGUUAGAUACAAUGUCUACUAGAUUCAGCAAUACUAUAUAUCAUUUGCAGUGCCUGCACUGGUUUAGAAUGUAGGAUUUUAAGAUCCUCCAAUGCUGUACUAAGACAUCUCAAUAAAAACAUGCUAACUCCUUUC